CAUAUGAUCAAUCAGCCUGGCAUACAUCUGACAACACUAAUUCUGUGUUAAAGGCGUUGUCGUGGGUGCUUGUUCACUAAAGUCUUCAAUUUUUGGAAAGAAAGGCCAAAAAAAGUUGCAACCAUGGCAUUAAGCGAUAUGGAUGUACAAAAACAGAUUAAACAUAUGAUGGCUUUCAUUGAGCAAGAAGCCAAUGAAAAAGCCGAAGAAAUUGAUGCUAAAGCUGAAGAAGAGUUUAACAUCGAAAAGGGGCGUCUUGUUCAGCAACAAAGAUUGAAGAUUAUGGAAUACUAUGAGAAAAAGGAAAAGCAGGUUGAGUUGCAGAAGAAGAUUCAAUCAUCAAACAUGUUGAACCAAGCCCGUUUAAAAGUAUUAAAAGUGCGUGAAGACCACGUCCAUAGUGUUCUAGAUGACGCUCGCAAGCGUCUUGGUGAUAUUACUAACGAUCAAACCAGGUACACUCAACUGCUGGAAUCACUCAUUCUUCAAAGUCUUUAUCAGCUGUUUGAGAACACUAUAACAGUGAGAGUCCGAUCACAGGACAGAGCAUUGCUGCAAGGAAUUUUGCCUGUAGUUGCCACAAAAUACAGGGAUGCAACAGGGAAAGAUGUGCAUCUUAAAAUUGAUGAUGAGAGUCACCUUCCGUCUGACACCACCGGUGGGAUUGAACUCUACGCCCAAAAGGGAAAAAUCAAGAUCAACAAUACUUUGGAAGCUCGUCUGGAUUUAAUUGCACAGCAAUUGGUUCCCGAAAUCCGUACCGCACUAUUCGGGCGCAAUGUUAACCGUAAAUUCACUGACUAAAUGAGACAUUGCGGUUCAUUUCAUAAAAAAAACACACAUUUUUACUGUUGAUUCCAAGCAUUACAAUUACCACUCCAUAAUUGUAAAAUAAAUUGUUGCUUCGUGUAUGUCAUGUGUUAAAUUAUAUAGGUUAACAAACUGUAAAUGUAAUUCCAUUUCUUGCUUAGGUGAAAUUAGAGGUUUCAAUAACAAUGUUAUGUGGUGGUUGGUAAAACUGUGUUUGCGAUUUUACAGCCCCAUAUGUAAAUAGCAAAAUUUAUGUUAUAAAUAAAUAUGUUUAAACAAA